GAGCGAGCGAGUGAGCGAGCGAGAGAGCUCCCCUAAAGAGUAGAGACCAGACAGCGUCCUCGCAACAAUUUGGUAACAGGGAAACUGGACGCAACUCACUUCAGACGUCAGGACAAGCCUUGACACACGGAGGCAAAAGGAAGAGGAUCAAUCCAGUAUCUGGUCUGCCCAUGAUCCAGUCCAGUCACAUAUUUGCCUGAAAUCGAGUUCGAGUCUUCUACUGCCCCAGUUUGGUUCCAUUCAACUUCCAUCACUGGUCAAGUCUCAGCUUGAUUUUUAUUUUUAUUUAUUUUUUUCUUAUUUUAAUCAUCCCACUGGGAUUUCUGACUGGGCCAGCUAAGUCCAGCCCAGUUUUUGAUAGUGUCGGGUCCAGCAUUCCAAGCUGGACGGAGGAGAGGUGAGUGAGGCCGAGGGCUUGGCCUUCGUGCUGCGACACAGAACUUCACAUCCCGUAGAGCAGACGACAGAUAGGACACCUACAGAUCUCAUGAGUCCCCGGGAGAAAGAGGACUGGGCCAACUCAGGUUCUUCUAGCAAUCACCUCAGCACCACAGAGUGCCCCACACACAACGGGAGCAUCUCAGAGGAAAGGAGGAAAAGACGAAAUGAGGAGGACCGAGGAGGACGAGAGGGAGGUGGCGAUGAGGAGGAGGAGGAAGAGGAGGAGAGAAGCAGUGAUGAAGGAUUCAUGGGAAUGACACCGCUGCUGCAGGCACACCACGCCAUGGAGAGGAUGGAGGAGUUUGUGCACAAGAUGUGGGAGGGCCGGUGGCGCGUGAUCCCCCAUGAUGUCCUUCCUGACUGGCUGAAGGACAACGACUUCCUGCUUCACGGCCACAGGCCACCAAUGCCGUCGUUCCGCGCCUGCUUCAAGAGCAUCUUCAGAAUCCACACAGAGACGGGAAACAUCUGGACGCACCUGCUAGGUUGUCUGUUCUUCCUGUGUCUGGGUCUGAUGUACAUGUUCCGGCCCAACAUGUCGUUCGUAGCUCCGGUUCAGGAGAAGGUGGUGAUCGGGAUGUUUUUCCUGGGUGCCAUUCUCUGCCUCUCCUUCUCCUGGCUCUUCCACACUGUCUACUGCCACUCGGAGGGCGUGUCCAGGGUCUUUUCAAAGUUGGACUACAGUGGGAUAGCCUUCCUGAUAAUGGGCUCCUUUGUCCCCUGGCUCUACUAUUCCUUCUACUGCUCUCCUCAGCCCUGCUUUAUCUACCUGAUAGUGGUGUGUGUUCUUGGACUGGCUGCAAUAACUGUGUCCCAGUGCGACUUUUUUGCCACGCCGCAGUACAGAGGAGUCAGAGCAGGUGUGUUUGUGGGUCUGGGUCUCAGCGGUGUGGUGCCCACCCUUCACUUUGUCAUCAGUGAGGGUUUGAUCAAAGCCACCACCAUGGGCCAGAUGGGCUGGCUGUUGCUAAUGGCAACGCUCUACAUCACAGGGGCGUGUCUGUAUGCCGCGCGCAUACCGGAGAGGUUCUUUCCUGGCAAGUGUGACAUCUGGUUCCAUUCCCACCAGUUGUUCCACAUCCUGGUGGUUGCAGGGGCCUUUGUCCAUUUCCACGGCGUGUCCAACCUUCAGGAGUUCCGCUACACGGCCGGGGCGGGCUGCGCGGAAGACGGCACGCUCUGAACGCACAACCGUGUUCAUGUCAACACAACACGCGCUACAGGGGGAGAUGCCGAUUCGGAUGCAUCAUCUGACUUCCUACCUGUGCAUUUUUGAAUCUUUUUUUGUUUUCUUGUCUUCUCUUUCCCGAAGAAGGGAUUUCUUGGGGAGGGGGGUUCAAAACUCUGACUUUAAUAGGCUUGACUUUUUUUUCUUUUUCAUUUUGGGUUUCAUAAAAUUAAAAGGAUUUAAGGUUUGAUCUGGCAAAGAGGUCUAUCUUUGGUGAUUCAAGAAAAGAAAAGCUUGGGGUUGUUUCUAGUUUCCCAAUAAUACUAAAACGCAUUCAGAAAGCAAAAAACAAACAAAAAAAGAAUGAAAGGAAUCAUUGGUGGGAAAUGUUUUUUGCCAACUGGGGUUAAAUCGUGGAGAGGUGAGAAUGAGGGUCAGUGAGGUCGGGGUUAUAGACACUUUUAGAAGAUAAAAAAUACUUUUUUUCCAUGUAAAUAAGAUUUCUAAAUUUUGGGUUAUAUAGAUUUGUAUGAAAUAUCAAUACAAAAAGACCAAAAAAAGGUAAUGUUUUAAAAUGAUGGUGAGAUAAUGAAUGCAUACGUAAAUAACUACGAUAGACGAGCGAUUAAUUAAAGAUGAGAAGGGGACGUGAGAGGAAAAUGCGGAGACAAAACAAAACGGAUGCCUCGAGUAGUUGGUCUAGCUGUGAGCUGCAGCGGGGGGGGGGUGAGAGAGAGAGAAGGGGUGAGCAAGCAAGUCUGACUAAAAUGCAGUCCAUUUCAAGACGGAAGGCCCUCCUAAACAAAAACCACUGCCUCCAGCUCGUCCACGUGAGGGCAGAAGGAGGCUGAGAGAGGAGAGGACUGAAUGUUAGGGUGUCCCGUGAAGUGCAAGUCUCCCAUGAGGCCCGCGACGCUCUCAGGCUCGCGGCGAAGAGCCUCUCACUACAUUUGUCGUCAGCUGCAGGUGUGAGGUGGCGGUGCGUUUUUGUGAUAACUCGUAGGUUGGAAGUUUUGUUUUUUUGUUUUUUUUUAAAAAUCUUUUUGAAGUUUAAACAAGAGGACUUUGUUUGAAACUUGUGCGUCAGGAGACCCUUCCUCGCCCGGGUUAAGGCUUCCGUAGCAAAGCUGUCCUCCAUGUGGGUCAGCAAAUGUCCGUUUGUCUCAGACCUGUCCUUGCCCGCAGGCCUGAUUUAUCAAGCAUCACAGAGUAAGAACACAAAUGUUAAAGUGGCUCAUUUGCAUAUUUGUGCUUGCAACCACAUCCAUAAACCAAAGUUGCAAUGUACUACACAAAAAAAAAGUCGGAAAAUUUUGGGGUGCCCCAAUUUUUCCCAGAUUAUAAUAGUUGUAAACCCAUAAACCCGUUCCCGUCAUUACUCAAGGCAUAAAUGUUAUAAAUAUAAUUUUCAUUGUGUUUUUUUUUAAACUUUGCUUAGGGUGAGGGUGUAGGAUAACUCGAGUCUAAGAUUAGUUUUAUUUUUCCAAAUGAGGCCCGAGCGGACGUCCUUUUUAAACGGCCUGCAGUGCCGAUGCAGGACGGCUGCACCAUGAAGGGCCUUGACCUCUUACUCUGUGAGCCUUGAUAGACUACAGCUGAACUCACUUCUGCUAUGGUCCAACACUUUUUUUUCUUUUUGGUUGGUAUGGAUUGUAGUUUUAUUUUAUCCGUUUUCUUUUUCUUUUUCUUUUUUUUGGUCAUUAUUAUUGCAAGCUUUAAUUUCUCUUGUUUUUUUAUUUCUUUCUUUCUUUCUCUCUCUCUCUCUCUUCUUCCUUCUGCCUCUGUUUCUUGUGGGUUUCGGUGGUUCCGUCAGAAAUGAGUCAAGUUUAGGGCACAAGGACCAUCAGGAAAACCCCUAAACUAAUCUGAAGAUGGUUUCAGAAGGGGGUCUGCGUCAUGGGCACUUGAGAUCUGACAUGUGAACACCCUUAAAGAUGGAGGCGUCUUUCUGAAAUGAAGAUAAAGUCACAAGCUCUUCGUGUUUCGAACACCACCAUCAGUGUCACAACCCAAUCGUUUUAAAACGUUUCCCCCUGCUAUGUGGCCGUGUGUGGUGUAGUUUUUUCCGAUCUCAAUCUUGCACCUAAACACGGGCAACAGUUAAUUUGUCAAGAUUUCCUAUAUUCAUACAUUUGUUGUCAUUUUUAAUUCGACUCGAGUGCUUCGUGAAGCAUUUUGAAUUGGUGCCGGUCUCGCCUCUCCCCUUUUGCACUGCAGCCUGAUUUGAAGAAACCUGGGGGGGAAACUGCCAUUUCUCAUUAUCAUCUUCAGCUUUCUCUGUUCUUUUCUUCUUGGUUCCUCUUUUUUUUCUUUUUUUGUCAUUAUUAUUCAUUAAUUUAUUUCUCUUGAAGAGUGCAUAUUGUUUGUUAUUGAAGCACACAUAGUGUUCUGAGGGCAGUGUUUGAUUGCAAUAGACCUUUAUAUCUGCUGUAUUGUUCUAAUAAAAAGGUUUUUUGAAU